AUGGCCGACCAACAUCCCACAUAUUUAGAACCGAGUGAACUCGGCACCAAGGACUACUGGGAAACCUACUACGCGCGAACCCUCUCGCACCUCUCUACCAAACAACCCGCUCCCGUCGCGUCGUCUUCCUCGACCAACAAACCCACCCAGACCCAGACCCAAUCCCCCCCCUCAUCCUCCUCCUCCUCCGACGACGAGGAAACCGACGAUGAAGUAGACGAUGACUCCGACCCCGGCACCUCCUGGUUCUCCGAACACAACGCCCCCGAAAAGGUCCUGGAUUUCCUCACCGACGAGACCUUUCCCCUCGCGCCGUGCAACACGCUUCCUGGGCGUGGGCAUGCCGCUGAGGGCGAAGCUGGGGUUCAAAGCGAAGCGCGCCAACCCUCCAUCCUCGACCUUGGCACCGGCAACGGAAGCAUGCUGGCGCUGUUACGGAAACGCGGGGGGUUUAAAGGGGAGCUAGUCGGCGUGGAUUACUCGGCGCAGAGUGUGGAGCUUGCGCGGCGGUUGCAGGCGUUGAGGAUUCAUCGGGCUUAUCUUUCUGAUUCUGAUCAAGAGGAUGAUUCUGGGGAUGAGGGGGAGGGGGAGGCGGAGGGGGAGGCGCAGGGCACCGGGGGAAAGGGGGAGGGGGCGGAGAUUCGGUUUGAGGAGUGGGAUAUUCUCUCUGCUUCGGAAGCUGGUGUGGUGGCUGAUGGGCUGGGGUGGUUUCCCUAUGAGCAGCGCGGGUUUGAUAUUGUGUUGGACAAGGGGACGUUUGAUGCUGUUUCGUUGUCGGCGGAGUUGGUGUCGGGGACUGAAGAUGAAAGUCAAGAGAGGAAGGGGGGAAAGAUGGUGCAGAGGCGGGUUUGUGAACGCUACCCCGGGAUUGCGCGGGGGUUGGUUCGUCCGGGGGGGUUUCUUGUGGUCACGAGUUGUAAUUGGACCGAGGAGGAGUUGGUGGAGUGGUUUACUGCUUCUGCUGCUGUCUCUGAGGGUGGUGAGGGUGAGGGUGAGGGGCUGAAGGACAGGUUGGUGGUUUGGGGCAGGGUCGAGUAUCCCAGGUUUCGGUUCGGGGGCAGGGAAGGGCAGGGCGUCUGUACGGUUUGUUUCCAGAGGGUUGUUUCUUAG